AUCAAUCAGUCAAGACUUGAAGGUAGCAAAAUUCGAGCAUCAACUUCAAUUAUAAACCAUCAAUCGACAUCGUAUCGCAUUAGACUAAGAUCAUCUCAAAAAAUGUCUGGACAACAAGGACGCAAGAUCGCCAUCGUCGGUGCCAGUGGUAACCUCGGCGGCUUCACCCUCAACGCCCUCCUCGACAAGGGCAUCCACACCAUCACCGCCGUCACCCGCGCCGAAUCUUCCGCCACGCUGCCAGCCGGCGUCAUCGUCAAGAAAGGCGACUAUGCAGACGAAGAAUUCUUGGUUUCCGCGUUCCAGGGCCAGGAUGUGCUCAUUCUGCAACUCGGCUUCGACAGCUUCAUGACCGGCCAGGCACCUCUCAUCCGCGCCGCAGCCAAGGCCGGCGUCAAGUGGGUCCUGCCUACCGAAUUUGGCUCCGAUCCCGCGCCGUCCAAGUUGCUCGAGGCCAGCCCCAUGGUCGCGGGCAAGAAGCAGUUCCGCGAUUUGACCGAGGAGUUGGGCCUGAGCUGGAUCGCCAUUGUCAACAACCCUUGGUUCGACUGGUCUCUUGGUCAGGGAUUCUGGGGCAUCGAUAUCAAGAACCGCUAUGCGAAGCUAUUUGAUGGCGGCAACACAAAGUUCAUCACCACCACUAUUGGCACGACCGGAAAGGCCACUGCUGGUGUUUUGAGCUUACCUGAUGCUGAGCUUGAGCAGUUCCGGAACAAGCCUGUGUACUUGAAGUCUUUUUACAUCAGCCAGAGGGAUAUGCUUGAUAGCAUUCUGCGAGCUACGGGCACGAAGGAGGCGGAUUGGAAGGUUGAGGUUUUGGAUGCAGAGGCUGUUGUAGCUGAUUCGAACGAGAAGUUCAAGAAGGGUGAUCACAUGGCUAUGUUGGUUGGCUUCUAUGUCAACCACAUGCGCGAGGGCUGGGGCGGUGACUACAGCGCCAAGGUCACCGAUAUGGGCAAGCUUGGUGUUUCAGAGGAAGAUCUGGAUGAGGUUGUCAAAAGAGUUGUGAAGGAAAUCGGGGCGUAG